AUGGAGAAACUUUCCAACCAUAGCAAAGUUACUGAAAUUAUUUUAUCUGGGUUCCCAAGUCUUGAACAUUUUCACAUUUUACUCUUCUUGGUUCUUCUGAUCAUCUAUCUGUUUAUCAUCACUGGCAAUGUUCUAAUUAUUUUAGUCAUCCAGAAAAUGUCCAGCCUACAAUCCCCCAUGUAUUACUUCAUUGCGGCUUUAUUGUGUCUGGAGAUUUGUUAUACGGCAGUCACAAUUCCAAAAAUGCUGGCUGACCUACUAGAUAAACAGAAAAAAAUCUCCUUCACUGGGUGUCUGCUACAAGCCUACUGCCUGCAUGCCCUUGGAGCUGCAGAAUGUUAUAUACUUAUCAUAAUGGCCUAUGAUCGGUAUUUGGCCAUCUGUACACCGUUACAAUACUCAUCCACUAUGACCACUAGGCUUUAUCUAAGCUUAGUUAUUGCUUGUUUUAUUGGUGGAUUUAUCAGCCCCAUUAUUGAAGUUAUCUUAAUAUCUCUUCUACCUUAUUGUGGUCCGAAUCAUGUAGAAAAUGUGUUCUGUGACUUCCCUCCAUUGAUCUCAUUAGCAUGUACUGAAACAAAGUUGUACAUACUGGUUGAGUUUGUGGUCAGCGCUUUUAUCAUCCUUUUAAGCUUUGCCUUUGUUCUACUAUCUUACAUCAGAAUAAUACUUGUUAUAGUGAAGAUCAAGUCUAAAGUUGGGCGCCAGAAGACAUUUUCAACUUGCGGGGCCCAUCUGAUCGUUGUCACGCUCUUCUUUGGGAGCAUCGGCUUUAUGUACUUACGUAUUGCAAAAAGUGACUCUGUAGACUAUGAUAGGGCUGUUGGUCUUACCUAUGCUGUUUUUACGCCUCUAGCUAACCCUUUCAUAUAUGGCCUGAGAAAUCAUGAAAUUAAAAAAUGUUUGCAUAGAUAUGUACAAUCUCAGCUUUUUCACACUUUGAUUUCAAAAUAUUUGAAAUGCCGCCAUUAA